ACAGGGAGACAAGAUAUUCAACAGUGGAAAAGGAGUGCUUGGCCAUAAAGUGGGCUAUACCCUCAGGUUUCUGUGGUGGAUCUGAUUAAGACAAAGCUACAUUUCCAAUGCCGGGAUCAGAAGAUUUUGGUGUGGUCUCUCAGCUAUUGGAGGCUGCCCAAGAACAUUCGACCAGCGGUGGUAAAGUCUUGAUUUCGGUGCUGUUUGUCUUCCGAAUCUUCGUCCUCAUAACAGCCGCUAAAGAAGUGUGGCAAGAUGAGCAGUCCAAUUUCUUAUGUGACACUAAACAACCUGGUUGUCAAUUUGCUUGCUACAACAAGUCCUUCCCAGUUUCUCAUGUUCGCUUCUGGAUUAUGCAAAUCAUCUUUGUCUCCACACCAACGCUCGUUUAUUUGGGGUUUGUACUUCAAAAAAUCUGCAGUGACAAGAAAUCAAGCAACGCCAACAAAGAUCAAAACAACCAAUCUUUAAAUAAUGACUCGAAGAGUAAGCCUAAAGUGCAGUUGGAAGGUGCAGUCCCGAACCUGUACGUCGCCAAUGUAGUUUCAAAGAUUCUGUUGGAAAUGGCCUUCUUUGUAGCUCAGUACUACCUGUACGGACUUGGCAUUAAGUUGAUGUACACCUGUGAACAAUUUGCCUGCCUUACCAAAGUCUUCUGCUAUGUGUCCCGACCCACAGAGAAAACAAUCUUCAUCAUUUUCAUGCUUCUAAUAGCUUUAAUAUCUCUGCUUCUCAAUGUGAUAGAGUUGGUCUACCUAUUUUGGAAGGAAAAAAGGAAACAUUUGAACAAGAAGUGCUAUGUCUAGGUUUAAAGACUCACUGUCAAAUAGAAAAACUUAGUUUUCUCAGUCUCUUAAUUAAAAUUCUCAAAACUGUGUGAUUGAUCUUCAAAUCAUUGGGUCCCCUAUGCACACAAAAUAAUUCUAAUUUCUUUGAGCAAGUUGCAAGUGGUUAUGUGAAAUGCUUUGCUUUUUUCUACAUUUUAAAUUGCUUUUGCCAUGUUGAUCAAAACGUGAUAUGUGGGUCUUUGUUGAAUUGUCUUGAUCUCCACAACAGGUCUUUAUUGUGUUUUGGUGUUAAGUCAUUCAGUGAUUAAGCUGGUAAUGUUUUCCUAUGCUUAGUUUUUCUCAGUUUCUUAAUAAAAAUUCUCAAA